GAGGAGGAGGCAGCAGCCUGCGGAUUCUGACGGAUGGAUCCAAUGAAAACUCAGUAGGACACUUCAGAUGUCUUGUGGUACUCCGGCUGUAACUUAACUUUCACUGUGCACGCGUCGGCAGUGGAACCACGUCAUUCCGUCAAAAAAAACAACUCCCCUUUUUCCUCCCUGUUGGACCAACAUUCACAGUUCAGGAGCAACUGGAUAAAGAUUUCUGGAUCAGAGACGCAAAUCAUGAUGACCGGAUUUCGACUGAACUUGUCGCCGCUGAAGGAGCCUCUGGGCUUCGUCAAACUGGUGGAGUGGCUGACGGCCAUAUUUGCUUUUGGAUGCUGUGGAGGAUACUCGGGGAAGAACAUCAUCUCUCUCAUCUGCGGCGAGGGCAAUAAUGAAACUCUCAAUGCCAUGUUCCACUACCCAUUUAGGUUAGGCCAGGUCCCGCUGAUCGAUGGAAACGCCACUCUUUGUAACCAAUCCGUCCCCACGACACACCUGGUGGGAGACUCAUCCUCCUCGGCGGAGUUCUUUGUGGGCGUCGCCAUCGUCUGCUUCCUCUACAGCAUGGUGGCUCUGCUGGUGUAUUUAGGCUACAUGCAUGUCUACAAGGACUCUGACUUUGGACCCAUUUUUGACUUUGUGAUCACAGCGAUCCUGGUCUUUCUGUGGCUGGUGUGUUCCUCCGCCUGGGCAAAGGGCCUGCAGAACGUGAAGGAUGCCACGGACACUGAAGGCAUCAGCGCUACGCUGGCUCUCUGCAAGGGGAGCAACAUCACCUGCGAGGUCACAGAGUUCGCCAGCAUGCGGACCCUCAACAUCUCUGUGGUGUUCGGCUACCUCAACAUGUUCGUGUGGGCGGGGAACGCCUGGUUUGUGUACAAGGAGACCCGUUGGCACUCCCAGAAAUUAUCUUCUCAGCCCGUUGGACGGCAACAGGUCCCAGCACCCAUCUAACAUAGAAUACAGAGCGACACACUAUCCCGCAGUCACAUACAUGCACACCACACAUAGAAAGGCCACAGACACACACAAUUUCAGCACAUGCACACUGUACGCAUGCAUGUGCAAGAAGACAUUAUUACACAUAGGCAGAGAAUUAAAAAAAAGCUCUGUGAAGGUGAUGGAAGAGAGACAAAAUGAAGGAUAAAUUGAUAGAUGGCCAGUUUAAAAACUGAUGGAUUUGGAUGUAUUUUGGAUUUGUAACUUAUAAACACACUAGCAGCUCUGUAGGUACACAGAGCUCAAUUUGCAUUUACAACUCAAAGUGUCAUAUCAUUCCUUGCACAUCUAUGGCAUACUUGAACUAAGAACAGUUCUAAAAAACAAUUUAAAAAAACAUUUCCUCUGCAGCAGUAGGAGGCAGAGGGAGGAGAAUGUGUUUCAUGUGUAUGUGUGUAGAUUAGCCUUUGUUAUUUUUUUUAUUUCUUACCUGUUUCACAUACCACAGCGACACCAAUGCAAUAAGUAUGUUGGAACCCUUCAAAUGUGCUUUCUUGCAAUAAUUCUUAGACGUUUUUUAUGCUUGAGUAAGCAGAUACAUGCACAGACAAUGACCAAACUUUAUAGGAAGAGAGGUUUUUUGUUUUUUACUUCUUUUUUAGUUAAAGGCUGGACAACGACUGAAUUUAUUAUGCUUUAUCAUAUACUGGUUAAUGUAAGGUACUUUGAACCAUAAAACCAUCCAUAAGAAGCAGUAUGUUGUUCUUUAACAUCUGCAGCAAUAAGGAUAAUGUGAUAAAUGUUUUCAAGGUCACAGAGAACGAAACACAGUUGUCUGUGGUGCAAUUAAAGCAUAAUACUCUCUACCAUACAUUAGAAUAUGACGUUCAUUGUAAUUUUUUUGGGCAAACACUAUAUUGCAUAAAUGUGAUAUUGGUCUAGACACAGAUGCCAUGCAUUUGCAUCUGUGUUAAAUGUGUUCACUUAUUUCAUAUUUUGUAUAUUUCGGGGGGAUUCAAAGCCCUUUGUGUAUCUGAGAAAUAACUCACUAUUUUUUUCAUUUCUCAUUCAUAAGCUCUCAACUAAUUUGCCCUCCAGUGGUGGCUAGCGAGUAUUGAAUUGUCUGGUCCAAGCUAAGGAGACAGGUUAGAUUUAUUAAACCUUAGGACAUUUCCGUCGUGGACUGUGUAAAAUGGCCUCCAACCCAAAUAUCAGGAGAGUAGUUUGUGCAUGUGAUGUUCUUAUCACAACAUGCACAGUGCACUCAUAUGGUGCUAACUCUGGUUUUAUGAUGUGCCAUGAGAGUGUAAAUCCAUAAAGGAAACUUGAUUGAAAGAUGGCUACUUAAUUAGUUCAGGAAAAUGUUGCUGCAUGAGUCAGGCAAAGUUUGAAAUCCUUAAGUGCCUAUGUGUCCGAAGACUUUGAUUUAUUAAGUCUCCACUCCGGUACCAGAUGAAAGUUAAAUCCUUCCUUGAUCGUGUUAAAAAACUGUUUUUGUUGUUCUCACUUUGAAUGUAGUAGUAGUAGUAGUAGUGACUUUUUCAUUUUCAUUCAUCACUUUUUGUGCAUAACUGUUAAACAGAAAACGCUCUGCCAAAGCUCUCAUUUUACUUUCUGUUUAAGCUGAUUCCAUAUUUUCACGUGAAGUUAAAUCUGUUUUGUUUUUUUGUCGAAAUAGUUGUUUUUUGAUUGCCUAGUUUUUUAUAAAUCAUUAAUGAGACACCAAACAGUGAGCUGGUGUUGUGUUUUAUAAACUUUAUGUUACUUUUUUGUCUAAUUUUCCAUUUCAGUAUAUGUGGAUGGAAUUAUCUUAUUUCUUUUUAUUGCCUUUUGAUAUAAAAGUUUAUGGGUGGGAUGAUGAUAAAUUCAUAUAUCUCUGCCAAAAGACCAAGUUAAAUGAAUGCAUGUGGGGUGUACCGGUUAUGCCUCUGCACUGUUGUAAUCAUCAUCCCACUCAGCUAUAACUUUGUGAAUGAUUUCUAUGCAUUUAACCUGCCAAACUGUCAACAUACCUUCACUCUGUGACAUGCACAAUUUCAAUGUACCUUUGUUUUUUUCAAUAAAUUUGAUGAGUUUUUUCAAUAU